AGUCCCAGCCCAGCCUGGCGGGCCGGUCCCAAGCGCGCCGCACUGCCCUGUCUGGAGCCCCAGCCCGCGCAGCCUCUGCGCCCGCCGCCCGUCCUGUCCGGCGCUCCCGGUGACCUGCCCAGGGCGCGGGCCACAGUGGGCAUGACCCGCCGUGGGGCCGCCGCGCCGGCGCCGGCCCUGGCGCUCCUGGCGGUGGCCCUGGCCUGGGUGGGAGCCCAGGGCGCAGCCCUCGAGGAGCCCGGCUACUACGCACAGGAUGUCUUGACACGGGAUCCCUACUACGCGCGGCCGGAGCCGGAGCUCCAGCCCUCCUCGCCGCCGCUGCCCGCAGGGGCCAGGGAGGAGGAGCGCGAGCCGCAUCCGCCCGAACCCAGGCCGCCCAAGAGGGCGACCAAGCCCAAGAAAACUCCCAAGAGGGAGAAGCCGGCGCUGGAGACGCCGUCACCAGGUAAAAAUGGCAACAAAAAGGGCUCGAGGACCAGGAGCUCUGAGAAGGCCGCCAGCGACGAUCAUGGUGUCCCCGUGGGCCGUGAUGACGUCAGAGAGACCUGUCCNCCUCUCGGUUUGGAAACCUUAAAAAUCACGGACUUCCAGCUGCACGCGUCCACGGUGAAGCGCUAUGGCCUGGGAGCCCACCGCGGGAGGCUCAACAUCCAGGCCGGGAUCAAUGAGAAUGAUUUCUACGACGGGGCGUGGUGCGCCGGCCGCAGUGACCUGCACCAGUGGCUGGAGGUGGACGCCCGGCGCCUGACCAAAUUCACGGGCGUCAUCACUCAAGGAAGGAGCUCGCUCUGGCUGAGUGACUGGGUGACCUCCUACAAGGUCAUGGUGAGCAAUGAUAGCCAUACCUGGGUCACCGUCAAGAAUGGAUCUGGAGACAUGAUAUUUGAAGGAAACAGUGAGAAGGAGAUCCCGGUUCUCAACGUGCUGCCCGUGCCCAUGGUGGCCCGCUACAUCCGUGUGAACCCGCAGUCCUGGUUUGACAACGGGAGCAUCUGUAUGAGGAUGGAGAUCCUUGGCUGCCCACUGCCAGAUCCUAAUAACUAUUACCACCGGCGGAAUGAAAUGACCACCACCGACGACCUGGAUUUUAAGCACCACAACUAUAAGGAGAUGCGUCAGCUGAUGAAGGUUGUGAACGAGAUGUGCCCCAACAUCACCAGGAUUUACAACAUCGGCAAAAGCCACCAGGGCCUGAAGCUGUACGCCGUGGAGAUCUCGGACAACCCCGGGGAGCAUGAAGUCGGUGAGCCCGAGUUCCACUACAUCGCGGGCGCCCACGGCAACGAGGUGCUGGGCCGUGAGCUGCUGCUGCUGCUGCUGCAGUUCCUGUGCCAGGAGUACCUGGCCCGCAACGAGCGCGUCGUCCACCUGGUGGAGGAGACCCGCAUCCACAUCCUCCCGUCCCUCAACCCCGACGGCUACGAGAAGGCCUCCGAGGGGGGCUCGGAGCUGGGAGGCUGGUCUCUGGGGCGCUGGACCCAUGACGGGAUUGACAUCAGCAACAACUUUCCUGACCUCAACACGCUGCUCUGGGAGGCCGAGGACCGGCAGGAAGUCCCGAAGAAGGUUCCUAACCACCACAUCCCCAUUCCUGACUGGUUUCUGCAUGAGAACGCCACGGUGGCCGCGGAGACCAGAGCGGUCAUAGCCUGGAUGGAAAAGAUCCCCUUCGUGCUGGGCGGCAACCUGCAGGGGGGCGAGCUGGUGGUGGCCUACCCCUACGACAUGGUGCGCUCCCUGUGGAAGACACAGGAGCACACGCCCACGCCCGACGACCACGUGUUCCGCUGGCUGGCCUACUCCUACGCCUCCACCCACCGCCUCAUGACGGACGCCCGCCGGAGGGUGUGCCACACGGAGGACUUCCAGAAGGAGGAGGGCACGGUCAACGGGGCGUCCUGGCACACCGUCGCGGGAAGUCUCAACGACUUCAGCUACCUUCACACAAACUGCUUCGAGCUCUCCAUCUACGUGGGCUGUGAUAAAUACCCACACGAGAGCCAGCUGCCCGAGGAGUGGGAGAACAACCGGGAAUCCCUGAUCGUGUUCAUGGAACAGGUCCACCGUGGCAUCAAAGGCAUGGUGAGAGAUUCCCACGGAAAAGGAAUUCCAAAUGCCGUUAUCUCCGUAGAAGGGGUCAACCACGACGUCCGAACAGCCAGCGACGGGGACUACUGGCGCCUCCUGAACCCGGGCGAGUACGUGGUGACGGCCAAGGCAGAAGGCUUCACCGCGUCCACCAAGAGCUGUAUGGUCGGCUACGCCAUGGGGGCCACGCGCUGCGACUUCACCCUCAGCAAGACCAACCUGGCCCGGAUCCGGGAGAUCAUGGAGAGGUUCGGGAAGCAGCCCCUCAGCCUGCCAGCCCGGCGGCUGAAGCUGCGGGUACGGAAGAGACGGCAGCGCGGGUGACCUCCCGCACCCUUGGGACUCGUCUGGGACCCAUGCAGAUGAAGCCAGCCCCAGUAGUAGCUGUCCUGUAGUGGCCUCGCCCACUGGUGUCUUCUCUGUGAUCCUAGAGCCCCCUGCCCCACCCCCACCCCAGGAGCGCGUGUGAGCGUGACCAGGCUGGACCCGAAGGCUGCUUUUUUUUUUUCCUUUAUUCCCAUUUACCAGGCGCUUGGGCAGAGCAGCAGAGACAAGCGGGUGGGAGGGAGAGAAGUCAGCCAGUGGACCUGGGAUUCAGAGAAGGAAGGAGCUAGCCUCCUCGGCCUCUUUCGGCACAGCCCCCACUGCCACCCCCCACCCCUUUGCGUGCCAGCAGACAUUCCCGGGCAUCGGCAAUCAGCACCGCUAAAACGCCGCGUUCCCCGAGCCCUGCCGUCCUGAACAUGACCAUUAGAGAUGCUCACAGGCAGCCUGGGAGCGUCCCCUUGCUGGCCCAGGACGUCCGGAGCUGCUGCAGGUGGCCCUGGCUCCCGUGACCGAGGGAGCAUCAGCAGUCCCUCGAAUGGGUUGUUUCCCUUGCAACAAGACUGUGUCCCUGAAAGGGGAGGGACACUGAAUGAUCAGAGGGUGACGCUGGGCAGCGGUGCGGUCCUGGGGGCUUGUGCGCAGGCUCGAUCUGCAGAGCGGCCCCGACACCCCCAGGCCCUGGGGCUCCCCGAGUGCCAGCUUUCCCAAGGGCCCACGCAACAGCCUGGCUUGCCUCUUCCGCCGGCUGGGACCUGCAGAGAGCCAGGAGGAGGCUGAGCUGCGAGCUCCUGUCUGCUCAGGGUGCUGCACCUGCCGUAGACCUCGACGCUCCUGAGCUGGCCCCACACCCGUGGGUGAGGCAUUGGCAUGCGUGGACUGCCAGGCUUCCAAGUUAAACUAACUUUGGUGGAGAACUCCCAGGACUACCUGCGAUUCAGGAUCGUGGGUUCAGGAGGGUGACUGAAGGGCCAGCCGCAUCUCACUUCCCAUCCCAGCUGCUGCCUCACUCGCCUGGGAUGAAAAAUAAAGCAGGCAGAUGUGAGCAUUUUCGGCAGCGGAGUUUCUCUGGAUAGACACGGCCACCCAAGCACCGUGCCCUCUGUCUCUGAUGUUGGGCACCCCAGAGAUGCUGCCUGCCUGGGGGUAGGCAACCUGUACCCCACAAAGGGGGGCAACAAGGCCAGCGCCUUCCGAGCAGAGAUGGGGGCCUGCAGCCACUGGUGUCUCUUAGGGAUGCCAGAGAGAGCAUCUUUCAGUAAAAGCCCUUCAUUUUUUCUAUUUGAAAGGCAGAGAGGAGAGGGAGUGAUUGAUUCCGCCUGCUGGUUCACUCCUAUCUGCAAUAGCCGGUUCCAGGCCAGGUUGAAGCUGGAAGCCAGGGAUUCAAUGGGGGGGGGGGCAGGAAUUCAGCCUCUGAAGUCAUCGCUGCCCCCCGCCAGGGUGCACGUUAGCAGGAAGCUGGAGCCGAGCCUGAGCCAGGAACCAGAGCCAGGCGCUCUGCUGUCCUAGACGGGCAGGUGUGUCAGCUGCAGUCUUAACCACUAGGCUAAAAAAAACGCUGGCUUCCAGCAUCUGCAGAGAAAAGAGUCUUGUGUAACUUUCUGGUCCCAGGGGGCAGUGAACUCUUCUUAGAAGGGGCCAUACGUGGGCCAUGCUGUGAUGGAACAGGUUAAGGCACCACCUGUGACUCUGGCACCCACAUGGGCACUGGUUUCAGUCCCGACUGCUCCACUUCCGGUCCAGCUCACUGCUAAUAUGCCUGGGAAAGCAGCAGAAGACAGCCCGAGGCUUUGGGUCCCUGCACCCACGUGGGAGACCUGGAUGGAGUUCCUGCUCCUGGCUUUGACCUGGCCCAGUCCAGCCGUUGUGACCAUUUGGAGAAUGAACUAAUGGAUGGGAGAUCUGUGUGUGUGUGUGUGUGUCCCUCUGUCUCUGUCACUCUGCCUUGCAAAUGAAUAAAUCUUUUUUUAAAAAAAAAUCACUAAAACCUGCAGCUUUGCAAGACAUACAGUCCCAGUGGUAAGGACUCAGCUCUGCCCGUGCAGCGAAGUGGACACACACAAGCUGUAAACGCACAGGCGUGGCGGCACGCCAGUGGGACUUCGUCUACAAAAGCAGGUGGCGGCUGGAUUUGGCCUGCAGGCUGGGACACAGUUGUCUCUGAUGGAACGUUCCAGGAGGAUGGAGAUGUUCUAUUCUGGGAUUUCUGACGCAGCAGCACUAGCCCCUCUGGCUACUGAGCGCUUGCACGGCAGCCGAUGCCAUUUAGAAAGUGGCUUUCUAGGGUGAUGUCACUUUGAUGAAUUCAAAUGUAACUCGCAAGAGCCACUUGUGGCUGGGGGCUGCAUAGUGGACCCUGCAGCUCUCAGUGAAGCCUGGAGUCGGAAACUCUCCCUCGCAGCACCAGAGAGCAUUUACGAUUGAAACUCCCCUGUCAUUCAGAAGCACCUCUUUCCACAUCUGCGGGGACCCUGUGGGUGUCAGGGCCCCGCCGUGCCUGCCUCGGAGGCGGGGCUGCACUCAGCGCCCGGCUGCACUCCGGGCCGGGAUGACUGGGUCUUGAUGCCGGUGGUGAGCUCCGCGCAGCCUCCACGUUCCUGCGAGUCGGCCCCCUCUGUGGAGCCUGUCAGCAGAUGAGCCAUCAGCAGGUGCCAGGGGCCCACAGCUGGCGGCACUGGCUUCCCGGGGAUGGUGCUGCCCAUCAGCGCGUGGUCCAGGGUCAGGCGGCCACUCCAGUCUCCCACCCACUCCUACGGCGCAAAGCCCCCGGGGCUCUGAGGGGCAGGCUGGCCGCGGGAUUUGCUGGUUUCUGGCAGAGGCUGGCAUCCCGACUUCCUACACUCUGUGCCGUUGGUUGGAGGCACUUCUGUGUUCAGCCCAGACCCUAGCCAGCCCCUGGACCCUCUCCCCAUUGCCUUCGCCACUGCUCUUCAGCCGGAUUCUCCUCCCAGGGACUGCACGAGGGGCUCAGCCCAGGCUGCUGCUCUCUCUAGGCCUGUCUCAGAUGCCACCUCCUCCAGGAAGCCCUCCCCCACCCAGGACCACGGUGAUUCCUGAUGCCUUCGAACAAGUCUGCAGAGCCAUCCGGGCCUCUCAGAGUCCUCCUUCAGGUCCUCCCUGGGCUGGUGUGGAGGCUUCGCAGCGGGUAGGACCAGGUCCUCCUGACUGUCCCCACCCCACUCAGCAGGUGCUCAUUAAAUGCCUAUGGAAUCAAACCAA